AUGGAAUCUGCCAAAAAGGUUGGAAACCUUAUUAACUAAGUAACAGGAUUAAUUGGAAUAACUCCGAGUAAAAAUUAAAACUGUUGUGGGAAGUAAAAGCAAAGACAGUGGGAUCAACCCAUUGAUAACACAAAAAGUUUUAGAAAAGAUUUUGACCUAAGAAAUGAUUUCUAUCUAUAACAUGCUAAUCCUCAAGUUUAAUAGAUCAUGGCUGAAAGGGAUAUUCCUUAAUCGAAGAAAAGGUCUUAUUAGUAGAUAGAUCAGUUUGAGUUUAUAGGUGGAGACAUGGACAGCAGAAGAAUAUUGAGGCCUACAAUUAAAUCUGACUUUGAAGAUCAUAGAUAACCCAGUAAUUAUUAACCAACAACUUUCGACAAGCUACUAUCUCUAAAAAACAUUUCCUGCCCAUCUCUUAGCCUAAAUUGCGGGACUAAGGCAUGCAAAGUCUUAUCUGUUGCUUCAUCUAAUGAUGAUAAUUAAACUUAAGCAACAGCUAAUGAGAAUGAGAAUAUCUAUUAAAGUACAGAAUAUCAAUAAUCAGUUCUUUAACAAUUGAAGUCCUCUUAAAUUCUGACUUAAUAGAGGUCAAAAUCUACAGAUAACUUUGACUAAGCCUACCUCGAUGAUAAUAAAUAAGAGAACAGCAUAAUUGCACUUAAGAAGUAUUUAAAGUAAUAGGAAGAUUUAAAGUUCCACAUUAAAGUAGGACUUGAGCGUCUUUGGCAUUAGAUUGAUGAAGAUUUCCGAGGUAAAGAGAAGAUUUUGAACAAGCAGGGACUAUCACUAAAUAAAUUAAGUUUCUACGAGCUUCAGCCGCAUAUCAUAUACUCUGAAAAUAAUAGGAGAAUAAUACCAUUAGGUCAAGACUAAAAUUAGGAAUACAAUGAUGCUGGAUUUUUGCAUUAACUUAACCUAGGAUAUAUAAUAGUUAAGGAUAAUAUCAUUUUUUGGUAAUUAAAUCAUGGUGGAGCUAGAGAUAAUUAAAUAACUAUCACCAUAGACCAUAAUAGAUAUGGAACAAUCUUAGGUGUUAGCAAUAUCAGAUCUCAAUGUGACAAUUAGCAUUUUGUUGUCGUAGUUACAGAGCUUGAAAUCCUUCUUUAUCAGUUUAAUAAAGAGUAAUUAAAUAAAUUCACUCUUUUACAUAAGAAUAAAGAUGAUCCAAUUUACAACGACCAUCAUUAGAAUACCAUCAUAUAUCAAAGUAUUAACACUGACAGAGUCUUUAUCGGUAGUGUUACAUCUCAAGUUAAUGAAUUAAAAAUAUCAACUUCAUAAAACUAAAAAAGAGCUUCAUUUAUUUCUUGCUUAGUGUCAAGUAAUAACAAAAUAAACAAGGGAAAUAAAUUCAGCAUGAUAAAUCAGUCUUCUUCUAAUGCAAUCAGUAAAUUUUUUGGCAAGAUUCUCCAAUCAUAAAACUUAAGCCAACAAGUCAAAGGAUUUGCUGAGCAUAUCGAGAGUAAUACCUUAUUUUAAUUUGUAGAUGACUAGAGCAAUAAAUUAGCAAGCUAUAUAUAGAUAACUGAUUUAGGGAGAUUUGGAGAUGAUUUUAAGAAUUUAUUCUAAAUUAGCUUAGAGAAGAUUUUCACUGAAAUAUGCCAAACUUUAAAUAUGAACAUUGACUUAAACAUUCUUCGAAAUGUUGAAAUUCACAAAAUUCAUAUUCAUAGAAAUAAUCUCCUGUUAAUAUUUGAAAAUGGAUUCAAAAUUACUAUUGAGUUAAUGUUUUAAGAUAUUCAAAAUCUUAAUCAAGAUGAUGAUUUUUAGGUUACUUCUUUAGCUUGUUCGAAAUUAUAAAUUAUUAAUUCAUGGAAAGUAGAAGGUAUACAGCAGAUUCCCCUGGCAAGGCUAAUUGAUCAGUACCAAUCUUUAUUUUAAUCCAUAGAGUAAAAAGACAUGAGUUAUAGAUGGAAGCCUUUCGUUGCUGAUCCAAUUUACCUUUGUAAUGAAAAUUAAUUUAGCAAUGAUAGUAGACUUAAGAUCAUUGACUCUAAAUUUAUUGGAGAGAAAGAAUUCUAUCUAGUUCGAUAAACUUACUAAGAUAUUGAUGAUGAUAAUCUUAACAAAGAGUACUAGUCAGAUUUUCUGAUGAGUAUUUAGCCAAAUUACAGAAGAGAAGGCAACCUCAAAAAUACUUAGCAUUUAGUUGGGAUUAAGCAAAUAAAUGAAUGUGCUAUUGCAUUAAAUGUUUUUAGCAAAGAAAAUAUUGGGAAAAGAGCAUCUUUGGAUGUUUUAACAGAUCAAGGAAUAAUUCAUAUGAUUGAACCCAAUGAUUAUGAUGUGAUAUCUUCAUAUCUCGAGUAAAUCCUUAAGCUAGAGAGGAAUAAGAGAGAUAUUAAGAGUCAUCUUAUUAUAGAAGUUAUUCAAAGAGAUUUGUAAAUAUAUCUACAAGGUUAGAGUCUCAUGUAUUCACUUAAGAAUUUAUUAGAAAUAAUAACUUCAGGGGAUUAAGAUUAAUUUGUCUCUAAUGAUUUCGCAGAAUAUUACUACAAAAACAUUCAGAAAUGUUUUGGAAAUGACUGCACUGACCUCGACAGUGCCUUGAAAGUUUUAAAAACUAAUAGUUUUAUGGGAUACUUAAAUAAUUAUGCAUCUUGUGACAAAUUUUCUUAUAAAUAAAUGGAACAAGAAAUCUAGCAAAGAGCUUUUGAGAUAUUCCUUGAAAUUACUGACUCAUCCUUAGAAUUUGAAUUUGAUUCAAUUAUUUAAUCAGAUGAACAAUACUAGAUAUUUUGGAAUAACUUAAAAACAAACAAUGAAACUUCUAUCCUUAAUUAAAAAUACCAAUAUGUUGUCCAUGAAAAUGCCAAGUAACUGGAGAAACCUGAAUAUUUCAGAGUCAACUGCAUGUAUAAGUUUCUCUAUAAUUAAAUCUAGGAUUUUUUGUAAGAGCCCAUAUUCAAGUUUGAAUAUGACUUUAAAACUCAAAAAUAAAAAUGUAAUCCUAAUAUAUCUCGAGACUUAAUGAAAAAAGCAGAAAUAAAGCUAGCAUAGCUGAAAAAAUUCAUUAUUGCUCAUAAGUAGAAUAUCUAGAUCAUUCAUGAUGAUUAAAUGGUGGACCAUUUAUCACUCUAUGAAGAAUUAGAGUGCUUUAGCCGUUUACUUGAUAGAUUCAUAGACGGAAUGUAAUACCUCUCAAAUCUAAUUACUUGGGAAAAGUUAGAUGAAACUAUAAAAUCGAUUGAGAGUAAAGCUGAAUAAAUGAGCCUAGCAGAUAUUGAAUUUUUUGAGUUUAUAGAAAAAGGUCUCACCGGUACUCAAAUUGGAUUCUUGAUCGAGAGAUACAUCACCUGGUAGUUUAGUUCAUCCGAUAUAAUGAAUUAUGAAGGAGAUAAAAGUAUCAUAAAAGGAAAGAGCAAUUCAUUUGUAGAUGAGUCAGUUCUUAAUUUAAUUUUUGGAAGGAAAUUAUUAUAAGAGGCCUUAGCUACUCAAAAUCAAUUAAUUAAAAGUAGCAAAAAUAAAUAUUAAAUGAUAAACAACUCCAAGCCUGCUUAAGUUGAAGGGAAAUAAGAUGUUUCUAAAAUGAAAAGAAUAGGAUUUAAUCUAUUAAUGAGAUGCUCUAGGCAACUUAAUUUACCAGUGGCAUUGCUUGAGCUAAUGAAAAACGAAAUGAUUGAGUAAUCAAUAGCUCUGUGCGUUAAUAGAUUUGAUUAAUUGGCUAUAUAUAUCAAGGUUUUAAAUGAAGGCUAGGAAUCUGACAUGAUUAAAGACUCAGAUCAAAUUGAUAACGUGAAAUCACCAUUAAAAAGGAGUCUCAAUUCCUAAAAAAUAAGUCUUAUUCAUUAGGAUCAAUAAGAAUGUAUGAUUAUAAUUCAAGAAAUUAUCGAGGAAUUAAUAUAGAGAUAAAAAUAAAUGGAAUAGUAGUAAAAAAUAAAGAAAUCAAAAAAUUCAAAUCAGGAUGUUUAUGAGAUUAUAGAAGUUUCAAAGUAUGAUGCAAUCAAAGUGCUUGUAAGAAAUCUUUAAAAAAUACAAAACUUGGAUGAUCUUGAUGAUCUAAAACAAAAGGUUUACAAAGAAUGUAUCAAAAGCACAUCUUUUAUUUUCCAUUAAGACCUUUAUGAGAAAUUGAUGGAGCUCUAAUAACUCUAAGAUAUUAUGAAAUUCGAAACUCCUUUUGCUAAAGAUUACUUAGAAAGAAUUAAUCAAGAAAUUGAUGAAAAUAAACCAUCUGAAGCAAUGCUAACUUUACAAUAAAGAUCACAACUACAUGACUAGAAAAUACAGGCAACGUUCUAAUAUAUGAAUGCAAAUCAACUGUUUGGAGAAGCAUACUUAUUUAUAAUGGAACAGACCUGUAAUACUGAUACCAUAUUAGACUUAAAAUUAAGAAUAAGCUGGAUAAGUAAAGGAGAGGGAUGUUUAUAAAAAUACAAAGAUGACCUGAAAAUACUAAUGAUGGAAAAUGAUGAUUAAAGAAACAUAAGCAAACUUGAUAUAAAAAUUAAUGAUUCAUAGAGAAUGCAAAAUGAAACUUUCAAAGACUAUUUCUUACAAGUACUUCAAAUAAGAGAUGGUAUAAAAAGAAAAUUAGAGAAAAUUAACAUCAAGAAAGAAGAGGAUGUAACUGACGAUAUAUUACAAAUUGAAGUUAUAGUUGAUAGGCUCACAUAUUAAGUUUUAGAUGUGAAUGAAGUUUAUUAACUAGCAAUUUAAUUUAAGAGAUGGCAAGAGUAUUUAGAUAUUCUUAGACUGACAGAGCUUCGAGACAACUGUAUUAAAGAUAAUGAUACUCAAAAAAGAAUAAACUUCUUAUACUAAGCAUUGAUAGAUCAUUACUACAAAAUUGAGGACUUAAAGGCGAAACCUAAGAAAUAUCAAAAUUUUAUAACUAUUUUAACUCAGCUUUCUAAAUCAAGUUUAACUUUUGAGAGUGCUGAGUUUCUUGAAUAGAUUAUCGAAUUAUUCCCUAUGAAACUUUUGCUUGAAUAAAUAGACAACAUGAACAUGAGCUAUCUUGAGCAAACUAGAGAUGGAAAAUAUUUAAAGGUCUUAAAUGAUUUCAUAUUUGCUAAUUCUAAAGUAGAAAACUUAAAAAUAUUCUAAUCAAAGUGGAGUCCUUUUUGGCAUGUUGAAUUCUUCAAUUCAAUCAAUUCUCAAAAGACUUAUGAUAUUUUAAUCAAAUUAAAAUCAUUCCUUCCAAAGCAUUAAAUGACUCAUUCAAGUAGACUUCUAAGUCAAUCUUUGAUAUCGCCAAAGUAGCAAACAGAAGAAAUUGAAAUUCCAGAAAAAUACUUAUCUAUUUCUAUAUUGGCCAUUUUGUGGGCAGCUUAGAAGCUUAUUUAAUAAAAUAGAUUCAACUACAAAAGUAAUAUUGGAAUAGCAGUUGCGGACCUGCAUUUAAAGAAAGUUGAAGUACAAUCUGUACUAAUAAGUCUAAAACUGACUAUUACUGACGAACUUUUAUACAGUAAAUAGUAUGCCGAUGAAAUCAAAGCAAUCAUAAAGAACUUGGAAGAUGCAUUAAUUAAACUUUGA